GAGAAAGCAAAUAGCUCUUUGGACCUGUUGGUAAUGAUGGCUUGAGCUGAACACCUCCCGAUCUGCAGGGACACCCUCUGCUUGGAAGAACAGAAUGCCGAGGAAGCCAUGGCAAGUGAUUGGAGUUUGGCUUCAACAAUUUCAGCAGUUCUGCAAUAUUUUAUCUGCCAACAAUAAGCUCUUUACUUGACUACACCAUGAAAAAACUGCUAACAAGACUUGUUGAACACGAAAAUGGACUUGAAGGACCAACAGCCAUUGUUUUCAAAUGAAGAAUACUGGACAGUUUUAAGCCUCAAUGCUUUGUAACCACCACUGAGCUCUCCCCCCUCCCCCCUUGCAACAUCAGAAUGGCAAGCAGGCGAAAAUCAACAACACCCUGCAUGGUCCUUGCCAGUGAGCAGGACCCAGACCUCGAGUUGGUAUCAGAUCUGGAUGAAGGUCCUCCUGUUCUAACGCCCAUAGAAAACACCAGAGCAGAGAGUCUCUCAGGUGACGAAGAAGCUCAUGAGUCUGUGGAUUCUGACAAUCAGCAACACAAAAAGGUGGAAGGCGGCUAUGAAUGUAAAUAUUGUACUUUUCAAACUCCAGAUCUCAAUAUGUUUACUUUUCAUGUGGAUUCUGAACAUCCCAAUGUUGUGCUAAAUUCAUCCUAUGUUUGUGUCGAAUGCAAUUUUCUUACCAAAAGGUAUGACGCACUUUCUGAGCAUAAUCUGAAGUAUCACCCGGGGGAGGAGAAUUUCAAGUUGACUAUGGUGAAACGUAACAACCAGACAAUCUUUGAGCAAACAAUAAACGAUCUGACUUUUGACGGUAGUUUUGUUAAAGAGGAGAAUUCAGAGCAAGUGGAAUCUACAGACGCUUCUUCUGCAGGAAUAUCUAUCAGUAAAACUCCCAUUAUGAAAAUGAUCAAGAAUAAAGUGGAAAACAAACGGAUUACAGUUCAUAACUCAGUUGAAGAUGCUCCUGAAGAGAAAGAGAAUGGAAUCAAACCAGACCACGAAGAAACCGUAGAAAACCCAAGUUCUUCAGCCUCUGAAUCUAAUACCAGUACUUCCAUUACAAACAGAAUACAUCCGAACACUGCCACCACAGUAGUGACUCCAGCAGCGGUUCUUCCUGGGCUAGCACAGGUGAUAACUGCCAUGUCAGCUCAGCAGAAUUCGAACUUGAUUCCCAAAGUCUUAAUCCCUGUUAAUAGUAUCCCUACCUACAAUACUGCAUUGGAUAACAACCCCCUUCUGCUUAACACCUACAACAAAUUCCCUUAUCCCACAGUGUCAGAAAUUGCCAUCCUUUCUGCUCAAGCAAAAUACACAGAGGAGCAGAUCAAGAUAUGGUUUUCAGCCCAACGCCUCAAACAUGGUGUUAGUUGGACUCCGGAGGAGGUGGAGGAGGCAAGAAGAAAACAGUUCAAUGGAACAUUACAUACUGUACCUCAGACCAUAACCGUUAUCCCUACACACAUUUCCACAGCGAGUAAUGGUUUACCAUCCAUUUUACAGACAUGCCAAAUAGUCGGUCAGCCAGGCCUGGUCCUUACACAGGUAGCUGGAACCAACACCUUGCCAGUCACAGCCCCUAUAGCCUUGACAGUGGCAGGAGUUCCAAAUCAGACAAACGUACAGAAAAGCCAGGUGCCCAGUGCUCAGCCAGUCACAGAAACGAAGCCAGCAGCUGGGGCGCCUGCGGCAGUUCCGGCAGCUCAGCUCGUCAAGCAUGAAACCCCACUGGCAAACCCUGACUCAUUUGGCAUCCGGGCCAAAAAGACUAAAGAGCAGCUGGCAGAAUUAAAAGUCAGCUACCUUAAAAAUCAGUUUCCCCAUGAUUCCGAAAUUAUCAGACUUAUGAAAAUCACAGGCCUGACGAAAGGAGAGAUUAAAAAAUGGUUUAGUGACACCAGGUACAACCAGAGAAACUCAAAGAGUAAUCAGUGCUUGCAUGUCAACAGUGAGCCCUCCACCAUUGUCAUCGACUCCAGUGAUGAAACCACGGAAUCGCCCCCUGGCGUCACCUCGCAGCCCAAGCCAUCCUGGACCCCUGUGCCUGACUUCAGCCCACAGAAGUUUAAAGAAAAGACCGUGGAGCAGCUUCGGGCCCUCCAGGCAAGUUUUCUCAACAGCUCCGUGCUUACAGAGGAAGAAUUAAAUAGGUUAAGAGCGCAAACCAAACUGACCAGAAGAGAAAUUGAUGUUUGGUUUACAGAGAAGAAUAAAUGCAGAGCUUUAAAGGAAGGGAAAACGGAAGUAGAUGAAGGUAACGCAGGCAGUUCCAAAGAAGAAGGCGGGGAAACCUCUCCCAGAGACGAAGGUGCGGCCCCUAAACCAGCGAGCACAGGCAAGGUGUGCAAAAAGUCCCCCGAGCAGCUGCACAUGCUGAAAAGCGCGUUCGUGCGCACGCAGUGGCCGUCACCGGAAGAGUACGACGAGCUGGCCAAGGAGAGCGGGCUCGCGAGGACGGACAUCGUGAGCUGGUUUGGGGACACCCGUUACGCGUGGAAAAACGGCAACCUCAAGUGGUACUACUACUAUCAGAGCGCCAACUCGAGCGGCCUCAACGGGCUGUCCCACCUCCGGAGGCGAGGCAGAGGGAGGCCCAAAGGCCGGGGCCGGGGCCGGCCGCGCGGGCGCCCUCGAGGGGGCAAAAGAAUGAACAACUGGGACAGGGGCCUGUCGCUCAUAAAGUUUAAAACCGGAACAGCCAUCCUUAAGGAUUACUACCUGAAGCACAAGUUUCUGAAUGAACAAGACCUUGAUGAACUCGUCAACAGAUCACACAUGGGCUACGAGCAGGUCAGAGAGUGGUUUGCAGAAAGGCAGCGCAGAUCAGAGUUAGGGAUAGAAUUGUUUGAAGACAACGAGGAGGAGGAUGAAAUUAUUGAUGAUCAGGAAGAGGACGAAGAAGAAACAGACGACAGUGACACUUGGGAGCCCCCACGGCACGUGAAGCGGAAGCUUUCUAAAUCGGAUGACUGAAACUUGCCUAAAGCGUUAAAGGAGAAUCAGUCCUUCAACUCAAGAUGUCUGAUUUACUGUGAAUGGGCCCAACCUUUGAUGAAACUGAAAACGUUUGGGGGCAGACACACUCAAAAAAUAGGAUUCAGUACCCAAAAGAGACGGAACUUAAUGUAUGUUGUGCCAAAGUUAAACUGCUCCAGCUGGCGGGAUUUCGGC